AUGGAGUCUCCCACGUCGGACGCAUCGAGGGGGCUGUCCCACCAUCUCCAUCAAGUUCUUACCGAGCUGCAUCGGCGGCCCUAUCCUCAUAUCCCAAAUCCACCCUCUUGCAAGAAACGUGCGUCCGUCGCUUUGAUUGUCCGGGUUCGGCCGACUUAUCACCAUUGGCCAAGCUCGACCCCUGCGAAUGAUCCUUCUCGGUCUGUCCCACAACAGCUGGAUGAUUUCUUUUCGCAGCCAUGGGUUAAGCAGGGUGAUCCGGAGGUUCUGUUUAUCAAGCGCGCUUCGCGAGUGGGCGAUCGAUGGACGGGUCAUGUUGCGCUUCCGGGUGGAAAGCGAGACCCCGAGGAUCUAGAUGACCGCGCAGCGGCAGUUCGCGAAGCGGCAGAGGAAAUUGGAUGGGAUCUGACAACGGAGGACUGCAUCAGUGUGGGCAAUCUACCCGAGCGAGUUGUCACGACGAGCUGGGGUUCUGUUCCACUCAUGGUACUCUGUCCAUUCGUAUUUCUCACCACCCGCAGCGACUCUCCUACACUUCGAUUACAACCCUCCGAAGUGGCAUCGACGCAUUGGAUACCUCUGCGAGCACUGCUGUCCCCAUCGCAACGCACGGUGGAGUAUGUGGACAUGUCACAACGGUUCGCAAGUCAAGGCGGGUUUUUGACUCGCUUGGCUGUCCGGUCCUUGAUUGGGUGGAUGCAGUUCUCUGCCAUCCAGCUCCUCCCAUCCGAAACCCAGCAAUGCACCUCGGUCCCAGGGUUCGUCCCGGAGAAGAGCUCCCAGACCACCACGCUCCAACGUUUUAAAGCAUGGUGUUUGAGCAAUCAAGCAGAUUCAGGAGACACAAGUCGUCCUCUGCUUCUCUGGGGCCUGACCCUCGGCGUGUUGGCCGACUUCUUGGACAUGCUUCCCCCUCACACCACUGUGGCGCUGUGGCAAUACCCGACCUUCACGGCUCCUGACCUGCGCUUGAUUGUGAGCGUGGUAACCUACCACCUGCGGAAGCGUAAUUUGCUCAAGGUAAGGACGGGCGCUCGCCCUAAUGCUACUGCAAUGGAUAGCGAAACAGCCGUGCUGCCGGCCACACAGGAACCCGACUCCAUCCAGGCUCACAAUGAAGUUGGCAUUGGCGGCCUAGGUGUUGGACGCUAUUAUGGCCCGACUGAUCAGGCCCCUGAUGGAAUUUCGUACGCGGUCGGCAUUAUGCUUCAAGGAUAUUAUGAGAAGCUACGGAUGGCUAUGUACGUGUUUGUGGCCUGGCGUAUGGCUGUUGGAUCGGCGGCUGCCAUAGCCGCAUGGCGAUACCUGCACCGACUUCGGUAA